AUGAUUAAACUCAUAAAGCCGCAUAUGAGCAUACACAUGCUUAGAGUAAGCCCGUUGUCAUCACGAGCUGGUCUUAAACACCUAGGGCACGACUUCACCCACUCCUUCAAAAAAUCAUAUGCAUCCUCAUCUGGGACAACAGCAACUUUUACCAAAUCCAAUACAAAAAGAUCCAACAGAUUCUUUAGAUAUUUUGCAGUUGGUUUGGGGAUAGGAAUAGGUGGGUCAGCUUUAUACUACACCAGUGACAAAUUUAGGCAUGCGGUGUUGACGGUUGAUCGUGUUGGUGUUGUCACCGUUGCCAUGAUUCGUUGUUUUGCGUUGUAUAAAGAAACACUAGGGAAGGAAUAUGAUUCCACAACUGCACGGCAAGAUGCUUUAUCUAAGACACACAAGAGAGCUGCUGAAAUCACUUUAAAAGCUUUAGAGAAAAAUGGCGGUAUUUAUAUCAAAUUGGGGCAGCACAUUACUGCGUUGACGUAUUUGUUACCUCGUGAAUGGACAGACACUAUGAUUCCGUUACAGGACAAAUGUCCGAGAUCAUCAAUGGAAGAAAUUGAAAAUUUGUUCGAGACUGAUUUAGGUGUCAAACUUGAAGAUAUGUUUAUUGAAUUUGAUCCAAAUCCUGUGGGAGUUGCCAGUUUGGCCCAAGUUCAUAUAGCUAGAUUGCGAAGGAAUGGACAAAAGGUGGCUGUUAAAAUCCAACAUCCCAGUUUGAAAGAGUUUGUUCCAUUGGAUGUUCAAUUGACCAGGUUGGUGUUUGAUUUAAUGUACAAAGCAUUCCCGGAAUAUCCUUUAACAUGGCUAGGCGAUGAGAUGCAAAAUUCGAUAUUUGUUGAGCUCGAUUUUACCAAGGAAGCAGCAAAUGCAGAAAGAACAGCAAAGCAUUUCAAAGAUUUCACUUACUUGAAAAUUCCAGAUGUUUUAGAGGCAGAAAAGAGAAUUUUGAUAAUGGAAUACGUUGCCGGAUCAAGAUUGGAUAAUUUGAAAUAUUACGAAGAUAACGAUAUCGACACAUCCAAAGUUAGUGCUUGUUUAACUCAUGUUUUCAACGAAAUGAUUUUCAGACCUGAUGUUGGUUUACAUUGUGAUCCUCAUGGAGGUAACUUAGCCAUAAAGAAGGUUGAGCCACAUAACGGUUACAAUUUUGAAAUUAUUCUUUAUGACCACGGGUUAUACAGAGAUAUUCCAUUGCAAAUGAAACGUGAAUAUGCACACUUUUGGUUAGCUGUUUUGGAUAAUGAUAUACCGGGAAUGAAAAAGUAUGCCAAAGUAUUUGCUGGUAUUGAAGGUGAACAAAAGUUUAAGAUUUUCGUUAGUGCAAUUACUGGUAGGGCUCCUGAUGCUGUAUUGAAUAAAGAAAUCAAAUCAAGAAGGUCAAAAGCAGAAAUUGAAGAAAUUCAAUCACAAAUCAAUAAUCAUGAUCUGGGCGUUUUAGAAGAUUUAAUGGACAUAUUGUCAAGCAUGCCGAGAAUGAUUUUAUUAAUUUUGAAAACUAAUGAUUUAACUAGAAAUUUAGAUGAGAGUUUGCAAUCGGAUUUAGGGCCUGAGCGUACAUUUUUGAUUAUGGCCAAUUAUUGUGCUCGUACAAUCUAUGAAGAGGGAAUUGAUAUUAUCAAUCUGCAGUUUAGAGGAAUUACGUGGGCAUUCAAGAGAGUCGUCAAUUGGAUCGGUUAUCACAAGAGAUUGAGUACCUUGUAUAUAUAUGAUCUUGUAUUAAAAUUUCAAAAUACAAGAUCUUAA